AUGAUCAUAAGUAAUUUCACCACCGUAGACAAGUUCAUCCUUAUAGGACUAACCAACAAGCAAGACAUCAAGAUAAUGCUAUUUAUUAUAUUUCUUCUAUGUUACAUUGUUUCAUUGUUUGGUAAUAUAGUCAUAAUUUGGAUCAGUAGUAUAAAUCCUCGGUUGAACACUCCAAUGUACUUCUUUUUGAGAAAUCUCUCUCUAUUGGACAUCUGGUACACGUCAAGUGUUGUUCCUAAAAUGCUCAUAAACUUCUUAUCAGUGAAGAAAACCAUCUCUUUUGACGCUUGUUUUAUCCAGUUAUUCAUCCACCUCUCUCUAGGAGGAGCAGAGUGCUAUCUACUGCUGAUGAUGGCUUAUGACCGCUAUGUGGCCAUAUGUAGCCCCUUACACUACACUAAUAUUAUGCAUCCUGUAUUGUGCAUUAAGAUGGCAACUGCCUCUUGGUUUGGUGGUAUAGCAAACUCAAUAGUACAAACAUUCAAUACAUUGCAUUUGCCCUUCUGUGGUCCUAAUGAAAUUAACCAUUUUUUCUGUGAGGCGCCCAUAUUGUUAGAGUUAGCCUGCGCAGACACAUCUUUUAAUAAAAUGAUUAUUUUCUUAUGUGCGAUAGUGGUUGCCGUGAUCCCUUUUUUCUUCAUUCUCAUCACAUACGUCAAUAUCAUUUCCAGCAUAAUGAAGAUUCGCACAACCACGGGACGCAGAAAAGCAUUUUCCACUUGUGCUUCCCAUGUUACUGUGGUCACAUUAUUUUAUGGCACCAUUUUUAUUAUAUAUUUGAGACCUGGGAGUGUUCAUGUCUCUAACCAAGACAAAAUGGCCACCUUGUUCUACAGUGUUAUAACUCCAAUACUAAAUCCUCUCAUCUACACUUUGAGAAAUAAAGAUGUAAAAUCUGCACUGAGAGAAAUCACAAGGACAAAGAUUCUGAAUCAGAAUAUGUGA